UCGGGAACCUGCUGGCCCGGCGGGCAGGAGCCGGCAAGAUGGCGGCGCAGGCGCUGGCGCUGCUGAGGGAGGUGGCUCGGUUGGAAGCGCCCCUGGAGGAGCUGCGUGCGCUGCAAUCGGUGAUACAGGCGGUGCCGCUUAACGAGCUUCGAGAGCAAGCGGCGGAGCUGCGCCUGGGCCCGCUUUUCUCCCUGCUUAACGAAAACCAUCGGGAACAGACUACUUUGUGUGUAUCCAUUCUGGAGAGAUUGCUUCAAGCUGUGGAACCAGUUCACGUGGCUAGGAACCUCAAGGUUGACCUACAAAGGGGACUUAAUCACCCUGAUGAUUCUGUUAAAAUUCUCACUCUGUCCCAGAUUGGAAGAAUUGUUGAAAAUUCUGAUGCUGUUACUGAGAUUCUAAAUAAUGCUGAUCUACUAAAACAAAUUGUGUAUUGCAUUGGUGGAGAGAAUCUAUCUGUAGCUAAAGCGGCUAUCAAAUCCCUGUCAAGAAUAUCACUAACUCAAGCUGGACUUGAGGCUUUAUUUGAAAGCAAUCUACUGGAUGAUUUGAAAAAUGUAAUGAAAACAAAUGAUAUUGUUCGAUACAGGGUGUAUGAGCUAAUUGUGGAGAUUUCUUCUGUGUCAUCAGAAUCUUUAAACUACUGUACCACAAGUGGAUUGGUAACCCAGCUACUGAGAGAGCUGACUGGUGAGGAUGUGCUAGUCAGAGCCACCUGUAUAGAGAUGGUGACAUCUCUAGCAUAUACCCAUCAUGGACGACAAUACCUUGCUCAAGAAGGAGUAAUUGACCAGAUUUCUAACAUAAUUGUUGGGGCAGAUUCUGACCCUUUCUCUAGCUUCUAUUUGCCAGGAUUUGUGAAAUUUUUUGGAAACCUGGCUGUCAUGGAUAGUCCUCAACAGAUCUGUGAGCGUUAUCCUGUCUUUGUGGAAAAGGUGUUUGAAAUGACAGAAAGUCAGGACCCCACCAUGAUUGGCGUAGCUGUAGACACAAUUGGAAUCUUGGGAUCCAAUGUUGAAGGCAAACAGGUUUUACAGAAAACAGGAACUCGCUUUGAACGCUUGCUCAUGAGGAUUGGACAUCAAGCAAAAAAUGCCUCCACAGAGCUAAAAAUCAGAUGUUUGGAAGCAGUUUCAUCUCUUCUAUAUUUACCACCGGAGCAGCAGACUGAUGAUCUCCUGAGGAUGACAGAAUCAUGGUUUUCCUCUUUAUCCCGUGACUCACUGGACCUCUUUCGUGGUAUCAGUAAUCAACCCUUCCCUGAACUACACUGUGCUGCCUUAAAAGUGUUCACGGCCAUUGCAAACCAACCCUGGGCUCAGAAACUUAUGUUUAACAGUCCAGGUUUUGUAGAAUAUCUGGUGGACCGGUCUGUGGAGCAUGAUAAAGCUUCCAAGGAUGCCAAAUAUGAACUGGUGAAAGCACUUGCCAAUUCCAAGACAGUUGCAGAAAUCUUUGGGAACCCAAAUUAUUUGAGACUGAGAACUUACCUGAGUGAAGGUCCAUACUAUGUGAAACCUGUGGCUACAACAGCUGUAGAAGGAGCUGAUUGAUUUCUUCAAGAGUCUAAUACAGAGGACCAUGUUUCAACUAGAACUUCUAAGGCAUUUGACUCCAUCURUAUUUUCCAAAACAGAGUCCCCCAACCUGCUCCAGCAGAACUAUCAUGAAGUAUCUAAUGGAACUUUAUUGCCAACGUUAUGUUUCUACAUUGAAGUACAAUAUGGAACAGGAAUUUGGAAUACAUUAAGAGCAAGCAAAGGUGGUCAUAAAAGAAUGAGUGUUUUUCAGAUUCCCGAAACUGCUUUAAUCUUUGCAGUAAGACAAAAUUUUGUUCUUUCAGAAAGUUUCCAUGGAUGUAGUCAUGGUCUUAUUUAAAAAUCUGCUUCAAAUAAAAUGAAACCAAAUUGUGACUUCUCUUCACCUUUUUAAGAAUUUUUUU